UUAUUUUUCUAUAGACAGCUUCAAUGUGAUAUAAUAACUUGCAAACUGUUUUCGCAUAAAAUAUCUGCAAUGUUAUUCCAACUUGUGUUUUUCACUUUCAUUGUAAUUGGCCUCAUUGCUUUGCUCUUGGAAGGAAUUUCUCGCUAUACAGCCAAAAAGACGAACACCAACCCACAAUUCCUUGCUUUCCAGCGGAUAUAUCUCUUGGUGUAUGUACCCAUUAUAUUUGGUGACUGGUUAAAUGCGCCAUACUUAUACAAACUCUAUUCAUCAUAUGGGUUCAUUGAAGACCAAAUUGCAAUCAUUUAUGUUUGCGGUUUCGCGUCCUCGCUUUUUUUCGGGGCAUCAUCAGGCUUUAUUGUUCAGAGUUAUGGAAAAAGAAAAGUGUUUGUGAUUGCAACUUUAUUGUAUGCUGUGUCCUGCCUUAUUAAGCUGUCAUCUCAGUACAGUGUUUUAAUUAUUGGUAGAAUUAUUUCCGGUGCAUCUACUUCUAUUCUGUUCUGUGCGCAAGAGGCAUGGUAUAUUCAUGAGCAUAUAACUGUUCAUGAAUUUCCCCCUGAAUGGAUAAACUACACAAUGUUAAAAGCUUCAAAAACUAACAGUGUGCUUGCAGUUUUCGCCGGUGUUUUAUCAUACUGCAUGUGUGAGCUGUAUGGCUUAGGACCUGUAGCCCCUUCAAUAUUAUCAGUCCCUGUGCUUUUGGUGGCUGGUGUAUUUGCGGGCAUGAAAUGGAAAGAAAAUGUUGAAAGCCCGGGAAAAUUAAAGAAAGUGGUAAUUCGGAGCAACAGUACCACUUCUUCAACAAGGUCUGAGAAAAAGAAGUUUCUCAAGACAUGCUGUCAAGGAUUGAGAACUAUUGUUGAAAACAGUGAACUAAUUGAAGUUGGUUUUGUGCAAGCUUUAUUUGAGAGCGUGCUCUGUCUGUUCGUAUUUUUGUGGACGCCUGUUCUGGACCAUCAUAACCCACCCCUGGGUAUUGUAUUUGCAUCCUUUAUGGCAGCAACAUUAGUUGGAGGUGCCAUAUACCGCAGUAUACGAUCAGUAUGGACCAAACUCCAACCUGCUUACUCUUUAGUCGCAACUAUGGCUGUGACGUGUGCUACAGUACUUGGUUGUGUAAUAUCUACAGAACCCUCACGAGAGUUUCCAGUUAUUUCAUUCAUAGCGUUUUUAUUUUUCGAAAUGGCUUCUGGGGUUUAUUUUCCAGUUAUGAUCGAUUUAAAAAGAGCCAUAGAGCUGGACAAAUUGGACGUUGCAGUCACAACAUGGUUCCGCGUUCCUCUGAAUUUAAUCGCGUGUUCAGGCCUUAUAUUUUUACACAGCAGUUCUAACGCGACUGGCACCAGAAAGUUAUUCGCAUGCUGUUUUGUAACAAUUAUUAUCGCGCUUUUUAUUUCCAUGAAGCUUGUAAACUCAAUCAAAACGCGAAAAUCUCACCCUGUUGUACAAACUGAUGACGAUACCUAAGUUAAUAUUUCAUGGGAUUUUAUUUUUUACAUUAUGCUGGAGAAGUAAAGUUAACUUUCUUUUAGUUUAUUUCUAUAGGACUAUAAAUAGAAUAUCUAAGACAGUUUCUAUUAGCUUGUACUUCUGUUGUUGUAUUCACAUACUUAUUAUAUAUACAUGUAUCAGUAUGCUUUUAAAAUGGAUAGAAUAUUUUUUGUCCUGCUAAAACCAUGGAAAUAGAAUUUUUAUUGUCUAGGAAAGUGAAUAUUAUUUGCAGCUUGUUUUCUUGCUUCUGCAAAAUUAUGCUUCAUAGUAAAGUGUAAAAUAUGGCUUUAUUUGUUGUAUUUCGUUUAAAAUAUAUUUAAUCAUUUUUUUUGUAAAAACAUAUAUAUAUAUAUAUAUAUAUAUGAUGUAGUUGGAAAAUAUAAUAUGAAUAGAAAUUGCAGUAUACAGGAUACAUUCAAGUACCUAAAACUGAUUUAUUUUCAUAAGAAAAGUAACAUUACAGAUAAUGCGCUUUAAUGCGCUAAACAUACAUUGAUUUUCUUGUUGACCAAGUUUCUUGAAUAAAAGCUAUUUGGUAUACAAAUCUAGGUGAAGCUGAAAUUUUAUUAAAAUCUUCGUGUGGUUUAACUGAAGCAAACAGUGGGCAUUGCAAAACAUCUAAUGUCGAAAAAGUUUCAAUUUAUAAAACAAGAGCAACCAAAGUUUAUAACACAGUUUAAGAAAAAAGCUGGUUUAAUAAAAGAACCAGAGAUAGAUGACAAGAACCGACCUUCUGCUGAGCUUGACGAUAGAGAUGACAACGAUGAUGAACAGCCCGUGAUUGUUGUUUUAAAAGAUGGUGAUUUAAAUAAAAAAGAAUAUGAAAAGGAAAAAGAUACAGGUACUGUUGGUGGAAAAAUUGUGUUCAAACAGCCUGCUACCAAGCGUUCAGCAGAAGAAAAGGGACUUUCUGCUUCUUCAAAAAAGAUGAAAGCCAAUUCUAACCCAGAUAAAAAAGAUGAGCAAACCGAUAAGAAGACCAAAACUAAAAAAGGAACGAAAUCAAAAACAGCUCCUGUGUUAUCUUUUAAUGAAGAAGAAGAAGAUGAUGAUGUUUGAAAGCAACAACAAGUUAUCUUUCCUUCCAAUUAUUUUUUUUACUUUUAUAACAAAUUUCUGACAAAGUAUACUACAGCUGCUGUGUUUUGGGACUUACCAAAAACUGAUUAUCGAACUUACCAAAAACCGAUUAUAGGGAUAAAAUAGUUCAUAGUAACAUUUGGAUCUGAACUUUUUUAAACAUGUUGUCUUUUUUGUAACUUUUGUUUUCACAUUGACAGUCAUUUGUUUGGCUUGAAAAAGCAAAAACAAUUUUUUUAUAUAAAAAAUCAGUCUGAAA